AUGGCUGCCCCGGAGCCGCAGCUCGCUGGUGUCCUGGGAGCGGCGGUAGACCAGAUCGACGUGGACGAGAAGGUGGUGAUCGUGCGCACGCUCAGGGUCCAUGUCAACGUCGGCAUGCUGGACUUGUACCGCAACGACGUCCGGAGGCUAGGCCUCGCGGUGCCGUGUGCCCAUAACAAGGGCGACACCCGCGUCUUCGUGGGCACCGCGUUUGCGCCUGAGGCGAUGAAGUUCUUUGGGCCUCCGCCCGACGGCGCGGACGCCGAGGCGUACCUCCAGGAGUGCUACAAAAUCUUGAACUCGCAGAAGAGCGUAGUCGACUACGUGAAUUCGUGCGACGACAGAAAGAACGACCCCAAGAAGAAGUGGGUCUUCGGAACGCGCGAGAAGGAGCUCGGCGACUUCAACGAACUCUUGCUAGAAUUCAAGGAGGCCUGCCCCAUUUUCUUCGACGAGGAGACCGGUGCCCCCUUCUACCAGGAGCAGAACUUCGCCGCGGCGUUCAUCGACUGCAUCAGGCGGCGCAACCCCGAGCUGAAGUGCAAGACCCACAUCCAGAAGCUCUGCAAGAAGCGGCGCCUCCUGCGCAAGGCCGACGCCGUGGUGAAAGCCGCGCGGCGCGCCGACGCCGUGGCCGCGGCGACCGUGCUCGUCGCUCGCGGGCGCGUCGUCGACGCCGUGCUGGCGGCCGCGCGCGACCCGGCCGCCGCCGCGCUCGCGGAGCCCGCCGAAGAGCCCGCGCCCGACGCCGCGCCCGACGCGAACCAGCCGCCCGCGCCCGCGCCCGAAGCGCGGACGGCCGCCUCCCUGGGGUGGCCCGGCGGGACGGCGCCGGCGCCCGCCGCCGACCGCGAGCCGCGCCCCCUGGACGCGUCGCCGUCGCCGCGGGCGAAACAGAAGCGCCCCGGCGCGGCGCGGCGCCCGCCGCGCCACCGCGCCAACCCGCCCGGCGCGCGCGCGGCUGCGCGCCCGCGCCGCCGGGCGGCCGGCGGCGCGCCGGCGCGGGCGCUGCAGCCGUCGCCAGACACGAGCCCGUCGCCCGCGACGGAGGUGUCCGUUGGCGACGCGGACGCUGCCGAACUCCAGAGGAUGCUGGCGACGGCCGAGGCGCGCGCCGCCGACGUGAAGAAGCGCGCCGACGGGCUCGGUGCUCAACUCGCCGAAGCCAAGACGCGGUGGAAGGCGGGCGACGAGCGCGCCAAAGCUGCCGAGGAGGAACGCGACCGGCUCAAGGUGCGCGCCGAAGCGCUCGCGGCGGAUUUCGCCGCGGCCAACGCGUUCGCCGAGACGGCCAACGCGCGCGUCCGCGCGGCUGAACAGGACCGCGACCGACAGAAGGCGCGCGCCGACGCGGCCGAGGCGCGCGUCCGCGAGCUCGAGGAGAAGCUGAGGGACCGCGCGGACCGCGCCCUCGGCGACGACACCGAGUAG